UAACCCACAAACCACCGCGAUAGUGACAUAGUCCAAGACAUCAGGAAUAAUAACUCUCAUGGAAUAUCGCUCUCCAGAUAAAUGUUUCGUUAGGGAUUAAAGUACUGAAAUUAAUCAACGAGGAUGUCAAAAAAGGUUGAUGACGUCAUGCGACUCUGUUGCGAGCUAUCGGCCAACCAACAGAUAAAGACCACGGUGAAAGGGUCUAGUAAGGGAGCCGUUGCUGCCGGUGGACUGGCCUUCGCUGGUGGGCUGGUUGGAGGGCCACUUGGAAUCGCAGUAGGGGGCGCUGUGGGGGGGCUGCUGGGCUGCUGGAUGACCAGCGGCCAGUUCAAGCCUCUUCCUCAGAUCAUCAUGGAGCUGUCCCUCCAACAACAGCAGAAGCUCUAUGAGGAUGUCAUGGCCAUCAUGGGGGAUGUCCAGUGGACCGAUCUGGCCCAGCUGACUGCCCUGGUGAUGGGCAACAUCAGCCUUCAGCAACAGGUGACUGGAGCACUCCUUGGCUAUAUAACCAAGGAACUCCAGGCAGAAGUACACUAUGUGGACUAAGGAGCACUGUGUUAGAUGGAUAUGAAGCAUUCUAUCUCUGGGACUGAGAGGACCGCAGUACCUGAAACCAGAGAAGAAGAUGAUGAUGGUCAAACCACUUUGCACAAAUCGAAAGCAGCAGGAAAUAGGAAGCGAGGAGACUUUACUAUUGUAAAUCAAACAUGAAGGUUUUGAAGCUUCAUAGGUGUGUGUUGGAUAACGCUCUGGAUAAGAGCGUCUGCUAAAUGACAAAAUGUAAAUGUAAUAACAUUUCUGCCCAAAUGUACCAUUAGCUAUGCCUUUGAUGAAGUGAAACAUGUAAGUGUUUCCUCUCCCUCUAUUGGUGGAUAAUGAUUCUGAAGUAAGAAGCCCAUUGUUGUGAAUUUUAUGUGAAAUUUGUUUUAUGCCAUUUCAAUCCACUCAAUUGUGAAUGCUGCUACUGUUGCAACCAGUGAGUAGAUACAGUCUGCAGUUUUUUUAAGCAGUACACAAUGUACUACUUAGUUAGACCCUGUAUCCAAUCCAGUGCCAAGUAUAUCGAGAUCAUGAUGCUAUUUAUUAUCUGUUAUUGACAACUGCAAAAGGAUACAGAAGGAUUUUAAAUGAGCAGAAUAAAAUCAGUCAAUAAAAGACUGUGAUUUUG